UAAUUGUCAUCAGAUUAGAGCGUAAUUGAUACAUUUUCGUAAGUGUUUUAGUCCUCUUUAUUAAUUGAGAGCAUAAUGUCUUCUUGUGGUGCUUGUUCCUCUGGUUGCAAGUGUGGCAGCGGCUGCACCUGCAGUGGCUGCACCUGCUGCAAGAGGAACCCAGUCUUUGCUGAAGAGAGUAUCACCACCGCCCAAACCAAGAUCCUUGGUGUUGCACCUGAGAAGGGGUUUGAAGGGUUUGAAGCUGUUGAGGGAGAGAAUGGUGGCUGCAAAUGCGGAUCCAACUGCACCUGUGAUCCAUGCACCUGCAAAUGAGCGAAUAUGGAUCCUUAUGUGAUGUACUAAUAUAAUAAUAUUAGUACUUGGAAUAAUAAUGAGGCCAUAUGCUUCAUUGCUAAGGACUGAAUGUUCUGUGUGCUUUCCUCUAUGUACGCUUUCAUGUCUAUCUUAAUGAAAAUAGUUGUGGUUUAGUGUCUAA